CACGGAGGGGGCGGGUCCUCGCCGCGCGCAGUGCUUCGGCCAGAGCUCGAGGCGCUGCUUACCGUCGCCUGAGCUAGGAGACGCCGCGGCCGCCGCUGGGUCGCAUCGGGCUUCGCGUCGCGCCGUGUACGCCUCCUCUGCCCCACCCGACCGGCAGCAUAGGCUCUACCUGGUCCGCGGCCUCCCUGUCCGCGGCGGGGCAGGUGGUUUUCCUGCGGUGAACUCCUGCCCUGCCUUCCGGUAGCUGGCUCGUGGCUCCCAACUCUGAGCUCUCGGUGAACCUGGGAAGGGGAUGAGAACAGGGUACACCACUUCUGGCCAUUUACCAAAAGGACUUUAUAUCCUACCACAGAGAUAGCUGUACAUCCAAGCUUGUUGCCAGUAUCUUCACAACGGCAAGGAGUGGAAAUCAUCCUGGAUGUCCACCAUGAAGGAGAUCGUAAGACCCUACUGCUGAAGAUGCCACGUGCCUUGGUCGGAGGACAUGGAGAAACGAGGCUACCACUGGACUGGAUGCUUCCUCCCUGCUUGCUACCUUCAUAGUGUUGGGAGUUGCUAUUCAGGCUGGUGAGGAAGAAUUGCCAUCCACGGCUGUACUCAUCUUGGACCUUGUGUGCAACAAUUCUGUCUGGCCUAGGAAGAUGCAUCAUCUGGUACAAUAGUGAUGGACAGUCUCUCCUCGGGGAGCAGGUGGGCUGGCAGGACAGGCGUCCCCAGGCCGGGAGAAGGAGGCGCUCCCAGGUAGGUGAGCUCCAGCCAAGCCAGCCCUGCCAGAGACCUUCAGUUUCGGUGGCUGGUGCUCUGAGCCACAGUGCGCUUCAGCAUUUGGAUCUAUGGGCCUGCUUUGAACCAUAGAGCCUGCCUAUGGGGGAAGGUGACGCCAUCUGGGCCCCACCCAUCCUUCCUCACAGCACCCUCGGCACCUUAAGCCACCACCCUGAGCUACAUUUUGGAGGGAAGAUGGAAUCUAAGGUCUCGGAAGGUGGCCUGAACGUAACCCUGACCAUCCGCCUACUGAUGCAUGGAAAGGAAGUUGGAAGCAUCAUCGGGAAGAAAGGAGAAACAGUAAAGAAGAUGCGUGAAGAGAGUGGCGCCAGGAUCAACAUCUCAGAGGGAAACUGCCCAGAGAGAAUCGUUACAAUCACAGGCCCAACUGACGCCAUCUUCAAGGCCUUUGCUAUGAUCGCGUACAAGUUUGAGGAGGACAUCAUUAAUUCCAUGAGCAACAGCCCUGCCACCAGCAAGCCUCCAGUGACACUGCGACUAGUGGUCCCUGCCAGCCAGUGUGGGUCCCUGAUCGGCAAAGGUGGCUCCAAGAUCAAGGAGAUCCGGGAGUCCACAGGUGCUCAGGUCCAGGUGGCAGGUGACAUGCUGCCCAACUCCACAGAGCGGGCAGUGACUAUCUCAGGGACCCCAGACGCCAUCAUCCAGUGUGUGAAACAGAUCUGUGUGGUCAUGCUGGAGUCCCCACCGAAAGGUGCCACCAUUCCCUACCGCCCAAAGCCCGCCUCCACCCCUGUCAUUUUUGCAGGUGGUCAGGUAAGAGCCGACCCGCUCGCGGCCUCCACUGCCAACCUCAGCCUUUUACUGCAGCAUCCGCCGCUGCCCGCCUACACAAUCCAGGGACAGUACGCCAUCCCCCACCCAGAUCAGUUGACCAAGCUCCACCAGUUGGCCAUGCAGCAAACCCCCUUUCCUCCCCUCGGACAGACCAACCCCGCUUUCCCCGGAGAAAAGCUGCCUUUACACUCCUCCGAAGAAGCUCAAAAUCUGAUGGGCCAGUCGUCAGGUCUGGAUGCCAGCCCACCGGCCAGCACUCAUGAGCUCACCAUUCCCAAUGAUCUUAUAGGCUGCAUAAUUGGACGCCAAGGCACCAAAAUCAAUGAAAUCCGACAGAUGUCUGGAGCUCAGAUCAAAAUCGCCAAUGCCACUGAAGGGUCGUCAGAGCGCCAGAUUACCAUCACAGGGACCCCAGCCAACAUCAGCCUUGCCCAGUAUCUCAUCAACGCUAGGCUGACGUCUGAGGUCACCGGGAUGGGUGCACUCUAACCUACCCAAGGUCCUCCACUGCACACAUCGGAUGGCUCCAGCCCGCAGCCUCACCAGCUGGCACACUGUACAGACUGCCUGUCCUUCCUUGCAGAUAUGAAUAGAGCGUUUUCUUUACAAACAGAUGAUAGUGCGUGUCUGCCCACUCAGGCCCUGUGCGCUCCGUGUUAGUGUAGCCCUCCACGCAUUGGCAUGCAGCUCUUUACUUUACUGCUCAACGUAUUCCCAAAUGUGAUGUUUCAGAGAUUUAUUCCUCAGUAUCCAUGUGACUGUCUGUUUAAAAGUUGGUUUGAUGCUUUAACAGCACUUCCUAUGUCCUGCUGUCCCUUGUUCUCAGAGACCCUCCUCUCUCACCCAGUCUACUGACUCAUUUCCGCCCUAGGUUGUAUGCAGGGAUCAGAGGUACUUUUAUUGCAACCUGCAGGGAGUGUCUGGAAGAGGAGGGACUUGGGGGUGUAUCUAAGGAGCAGGGUAGAGUGCCAGAGGGUGGGGUGGGACCCUGACUUCACUGGGAUAUCUCGGGGAGGGGGCACUUGUGCCCUCCAGGUGUCUUCCAAGAUGGCUAAGAACAAGGACUUGCCAGAAAGUUCAUCUGCACCCAUCAGAGUUUAAUAAAUGUCGUGUUCCUCCCCCAUG